CAGGCAUCCCGACAAGUCUGGACUGUUCUGCUCUUGCUUGUGCUCAAUUCUCUGCUCGAAACAAGGCAGCAGCUUUGGGGAUCAGAAACAGUUUUUCAUGCUGCUGACUGCUGCGUGCAUGGAUGAAGCGAGAAGAGGUGAGUCUCUGAGCUGCCUGGCAGGUGAUCGUGGCCUGCUCUGUGACGCUGUGACCCACCGGUGGUCUGUGGAUAUCUCUCCCGCGUGUUAACCCCCACACUCACCGCACCGAGAGCCCGGGCUGGAUGUGCCACAGGUGAACAGCGGCAGGCUGCGGGCUGGCGCAUGGAGCAGAGAUCCCCAGGUUGUGAAGAUGUGGAGCUGGGUUUUAACCGUUGCUGUCCUGCUGUCCUCCAUCAAACUUGCUGAAGCUCAGGGCACGUGUAAUAAUGUGCAGGCAGCAGACAUUGUGUUCUUGAUUGAUGGGUCCUCCAGUAUCGGCCGCUCAAACUUCCUGCAGGUGAAGGACUUCAUGGCUGGAAUUGUGAAGCCUUUUGCCAGCUCUGUCAGCGAGUCAGGGAUCCGCUUUGGGGCCGUGCAAUACAGUGAUACCUCAAGGGUGGAGUUCACCUUUAACACCCACCUAACAGGCACCGAUGUUGUCAAUGCGGUGCAGAACAUGAACUAUAAAGGUGGAAACACACGCACUGGAGCUGGUCUAAAGUAUGUUUCUGAUAACUUUUUCAACCCCGCCACCACCCGGGACGUCCCAAAGGUCACCAUCCUGAUCACGGAUGGGAAAUCACAGGACCAAGUGCAGGAACCGGCUCAAAAGCUGCGUGGUCAGGGAGUGAAGGUUUUUGCGGUUGGAAUCAAGAGUGCAGACAGCAAUGAACUGGCUCAGGUUUCCUCAAAGCCCAGCAGUGAUUUCACCUCGUUUGUUGGGGACUUUAAGCUGCUGAAUACGCUCCUUCCUCUCGUUACCCCUCAAGUGUGCUCAGCAGCAGGGGGAGUCUAUGCAAGUGAUGAGGCCUUUUCUGGUCCAUCCAAUCUUCAGUUCACGGGCCAAACGACUGACUCCAUCCGGUUUCGAUGGAGUCCUGCCGGGGGCCCUGUGAGCAGCUAUGCCAUCCAGUAUGUCCCUCUCUCUGGCCUGGGUCAGCCAAUCAUUGCAGAGCUGCGUCAGGAAACGGUCUCGGCUACACAGAGGACGUUCACUGCACGAGAGCUUAGGUCAGGGACAGACUACCUGGUGACUGUCAUCGCCCAGUACCCCAAUAGUGUUGGAGAAUCUGUUUCCGCAAAGCAGCGAACCAGGUCAUUACCAGGAGUCUCCAGCCUACGGCUGGUGCAGGCAGCCUUCUUCUCUCUCUCCAUUGCAUGGGAUCAGCCUUCAUCUUCUGUGCGGGGCUACAGGCUCACCUAUGGGCCACGAGGACAACCGGCGGCCCAGCUGCUGGAGCAGUCUCUGUCUGCAGAUACCACCUCCGCCACCUUGGAGUCGCUUCAGCCUGACACAGAGUAUGUCAUCAACCUCUACCCUCUGUUCUCCAGAAACGGUGCAUCCCCGUCUGUCCUCAAUGCCCGCACACUGAGCCUGGAGGCGGUGCAGCAGUUAACAGUGGAGACCGUAUCGGAGGGAAGUAUUCGCGUCAAAUGGAGACGAGUCAGUGGAGCACAAGCGUACCGUUUGGUCUGGGGACCAUUUACAGGUCGUAACGUGGAGACCGUGGAGGUUGCUGGUGACACUGAGCUCUAUACUUUGUCGAGCCUGCAGCCGGAUACGGAGUACAUAGUCACCAUCAUCCCACUGUAUGAGGGCAACACUGAGGGGCCCCGGGCCACGACCAGAUUCAAGAUAGAACGUCAAGAGCAGCAGGUUCUCAGAGCAGUAACUACAGGACCCUCCUCAAUCCGCCUCAACUGGAGACUGAUCCGGGCGGCUCAGGGCUACCGCCUGGAGUGGAGGGAGGGAGAAGGAGGUCGUCUCCAGAGCCUGCCGUUUCCUCAAAGCUCCACCAGCUACGAACUAACGGGUCUCCGACCAAACACAGAGUACAUCUUCAAGCUGUACACUCUGUAUGAAGGCCGGGAAGAGGCCACACCUGUCUCUACUGAGAGCAGAGAGGAUCAGCCAAUAGGAACCGUGUCCAACCUGAGAGUGGUUGAGUCACUGGGCAGUACUGUCCGAAUCGGGUGGAUAGGCGUGGCAGGGGCUACACAGUAUCGGAUCGUAGUCUUGAACACUGAGGAGGGAACAGCGACAACCCAAAUUAUCCCUGGAAACCAGACAACCCUCGACUUGAGGGAUCUGACGGUGGGAGUGUCAUACGGCGUCAGCGUCACUGCGCUGGUGGGAGCAAAUGAGGGAGAAACAGUAACCGUCUACAUCAAACCCGAGCCGGCUGCAAGGACAGUGACCAAUCUCAGAGUAACAAAUGCAAACAGUCGGAGAAUUCGCAUCUCUUGGCAAGGUGUCACUGGUGCAACAGGAUAUAGAGUUACUUGGAGACAAGGCAACAGUCCAGAACAAUCUCGUCUUCUGGGAGCAGAACCUACUCUUUACACUAUAGAUGGCCUGCAACCGGAUGAGGCUCUGGUAAUCGGUGUCGCUGCUUUUGUUGACCAGCGGGUUGGUGAAGCCGUCACCCUGUCUGCCAGGACAAAUCCGUCUACUGGAGUCUUGUCUGGGCUCCGCAUCACUGAAAUCUCGUCACAGAGGAUACGCUUUACGUGGUCACCUUAUUCUCGAGCCACUGGAUAUAAGAUCACUUGGCGCCGUGAAGACGGAACUGAAACAACUCGGACCGUAGCUGCCGAUGUCUCCUCCUACGUCAUAGAUGGACUUCAGCCUAACUCGGCCUACACUGUGCAAGUUUCUGCCCUUAUUGGCUCUCGAGAAGGAAGCCCAGGGAUUCUCAGCAUUAGAACAGAAUCAGAUCAGACAACUGUGGGAACUGUGACCUCGCUUCAAGUGCAGGAAACCCGAGGGGAAGUGGUCCGAGUCUCCUGGGUGGGUGUUCAGGGAGCAACAGCUUACCGCAUCAUUUGGAGGAGAAUUGAUGGUGGGGAAGAACGGAGCCAGCUGGUGGGCCGAGACGUGACAUCUAUGGAUUUGGACCAGCUGGAUCCUGGGGUUCAGUAUGAGGUUCAGGUCAUCGCUGUAGUUGAAAACAGGGAAGGAUCGCCUGUUUCUGUCAGAAUCACCACACCUGGUUAUGUCACCCCGCCUUCGCCGCUACCGGCCACAACUUUACGAGUGACAGAGGUUACCCAGGAUGCUGUGAGGCUGAACUGGGCUCUCCUUUCGGGCGCCACGGGAUAUAUUCUUCGCUGGAAAGAGGAGACAGAUGUUGGUCGGGGCCUGUCCAUCACGCUGCCUGCGUCGUCCAGCUCGUACCUGGUAACCGGGCUGCGUUUGGGCCGCAGAUACAGAUUCACCAUCCAGCCCACCUUUGCGAGCGGAGUUUCAACUGAGACUUUUGUAGAUGAACGCACCGUGUGUCUGGGCGGACGUCUUGACGUGGUGUUUCUUGUGCCUGCAUCUACCGAUCGCACUGACCUGGUGAGACCUCUGCGGGACCUUGUUACCAGUGCCGCAGGGUCGCUUGCUGCCAUUGGGCCCCAAGACUCGCAGGUAGGGGUGGUCGUAUACAGUUUUAGACCCAAAACCUGGUUCCUGCUCAAUCGUCACUCAAGAUCGGACACACUGCUCCAAGAGAUCCAGUCCACACCCUUUGAUGAAAGCCCAGGGAAUAACAUCGGUGAGGCGGUGACGUUCACCCGACAGUACCUGCUGACCCCUUCAGCAGGACGGAGGCCGAGGGUGCCUGGGGCAAUCGUGAUCAUUGCCGACAGAAGAUCUGUGGACAACCUGACCCUUGCAGCCAGCAGUCUAAGAGAUGCAGGUGUGACGGUGCUGGCAGUGGGCAUAGGCCAAGCAGACACAGAGGAGCUGCGGCGGGCUGUGACAGAUCGAAGCCAACAGAACGUCCUGUACGCCAGUACCGCAGGACGACUGAACACAGUACACGCUGAUCUGGCCGACUUGCUCUGUGGAAUUGCCAGAAUUCCAGAGGUCACUCCUGGUCCAGAGCAGUGUACCGUACAGUGUCCUCGGGGUGAGAAGGGAGAUCGUGGUGAAACGGGUGAAAGAGGCAGAGACGGCGCAGACGGACGCAAGGGCGAGCCCGGUCGUGAUGGUUUGCCUGGGAGGGAAGGUCCCAGGGGUCCUGAAGGACGGCCAGGAACGCCAGGACAAUCUGUCACUGUCGACCCUUCCCAGCGGAUAAAAGGGGAAAAGGGGGAGAGAGGCUUUCCUGGUGUGGAUGGAAAUCCAGGAUUACCAGGAAGACCAGGAGCUCCUGGAAAUGCAGGCGUUCCAGGUUCUCAAGGUCUCCCUGGAGUCAGAGGAAGCCAGGGUGAACCUGGAGGACAAGGCACACCAGGGCCAAAGGGUGAUAAAGGUGAAAGGGGUGAACCGGGUUCAGCUGUAUCCGGUGGGGGUCUUCCAGGGAGGAAGGGAGAGCCAGGCAUCCCAGGACUACCAGGUACUCCAGGUCGACCAGGCAGCGACGGAGCCAAGGGAGUCGCCGGAGUUCCAGGUGCACCGGGCCAGGAUGGCCGACCGGGAAUUCCGGGAACGCCGGGACUUUCGAUUAAGGGCAGCCAAGGAGAUAAGGGCAGCCAAGGAGAGAGGGGGCCUCCAGGAGUAGGAAGCGGCGUGGCCGUGAAGGGUGAAAAGGGCUCCCCUGGUAUUCCAGGAACUUCGGGAGCCCCAGGGCCGAGAGGGCCAGCAGGACCACAGGGCACUAAAGGAGAAAGGGGAGAAGAUGGCACUGGACUGCCUGGACCUCCAGGAAAGCAAGGAGAGUCUGGGGACAGGGGUCCCCGCGGGCCUGCAGGCGAGAUUGGCAGCAAGGGUGACCGUGGGCAGCCGGGUGAGCCUGGGACACGAGGAGACAGGGGAGAGCGAGGGCCGGCCGGAGAGACAGGAGAGAAAGGCGAUCCAGGGAAGGCAGGGACCCCAGGACCGCCAGGCCUGAGAGGUUUACCUGGCCCAAGUGGACCACCAGGAGAAAAGGGAAGCGAAGGCGCCCGCGGGGAGCCAGGCAGAAGUAUGGCAGGUUUACCAGGAAAGAAAGGAGAGCAGGGGGACAGAGGCCUGCCCGGCUCUGAUGGACUGCGGGGGGAGAAGGGGGAGGCCGGACAAAGAGGAGAGAAAGGUUCUCCAGGUUCAGGAGGGUCGGGUGUUCUUGGACCUAAAGGAGAGCCAGGAGAACGAGGACUUGCAGGUCUUAAUGGACGACCGGGAGCCAAGGGAGACCCAGGAGAACCAGGCGAGAGAGGCGAGAACGGACGCCCGGGAAUUCCAGGAAAACCCGGCCUUCCUGGAAAACAGGGAGACAAGGGGGACAAGGGUGAUGAAGGAACACCUGGAGAAUCUGGACUCCCAGGAAAGCCAGGAGAAAGAGGUCUGCGGGGACUGGCGGGUCAGCCGGGGAGGCCGGGAGAGAAAGGAGACACAGGAGAUCCAGGGGAGCACGGGAGAAACGGCAGCCCUGGACCCGCUGGCCCGAGAGGAGAGAAAGGAGAGCAAGGAACCCAAGGACCUGCAGGGCCACCAGGGAAAGUGACUGAUAUCCAGGGUCAGCUGAAAGGAGAGAGAGGGGACAAGGGUGACGCCGGCGACCCAGGAGAGCAUGGCAGCAAAGGUCAGAAAGGGGAAGCGGGGACUCCCGGAGCUCCAGGCCUGCGAGGCCCAGAGGGGCUGAGGGGGCCCGCAGGCACAAAAGGUGACACGGGAGAAAGAGGAUCGCCUGGAGAGAAGGGAGAAAGGGGAGCAUCUGGCUUAGACGGCCGUCCUGGUCUGGAUGGUAAACCAGGCUCUCCUGGACCAGUUGGACUGAGGGGGGAUCCUGGAAAACAAGGCGACGCUGGGAGAGAUGGAUUACCAGGAUUAAGAGGAGAGCAGGGUCCCCAGGGGCCUGUUGGUCCUCCGGGAAAUGCAGGAACACCUGGUAAAGCAGGUGAAGACGGAAAACCUGGUCCUCCAGGCAAAAUGGGCGAGGAUGGAGUGCCAGGUGAAGACGGCAGAAAGGGGGACAAAGGAGAAGCUGGAGCAGCUGGAAGAGAUGGCCGUGAUGGGCAGAAAGGGGAUCGUGGUCCUGCCGGGGCCCCUGGCCCCUCUGGACCACAGGGGCCGGCUGGAUUGCCUGGCAGCAUUGGUCCUCCUGGACAGGUUGUGUAUGUAAAGGGGGCCGAAGCCAUCCCAGGUCCACAGGGGCCCCCAGGAACGCCGGGAGUCCCUGGAAUUCCAGGAGCGGUGGGAGCCCGAGGUGAAAGAGGUCCAAGCGGUCCCAAAGGAGAUGCUGGAGACCCGGGAGAGGAUGGGGCUCCUGGUAAACCUGGGACAACAGUGGAUGUACAAAAAGCUCUGUCCGGCCUCGGGAUACUGGUGUCUGAUCUGAAGGUGCUCGUGGACAGGAAGGACACGAUCAUCUCUCCUGCAGCGCAAAAGGUUGAAAAGGGUGAAAAGGGAGACAGGGGGGAGCCUGGGUCGAGAGGACCAUCUGGAGCAGAUGGUCCUCGUGGAUUUCAGGGAGAUAGGGGAGCGAAAGGGGAACAAGGGGAGCGAGGACCCAUAGGACAAACGGGGCCUCCAGGUAGAGCCAAUUUAGAACGAGGCCCGGAGGGUCCCCCGGGACCUGCUGGAGAGCCUGGCAAGCCGGGAAUACCGGGCGUUCCUGGGAGAGCGGGGGAACUUGGAGAGGCUGGGAGACCAGGAGAAAAGGGAGAGAGAGGGGAGAAAGGUGACAAAGGCGAGGCUGGUAUAAUUGGAUUAACAGGACCAGCUGGCCCUCCAGGUCAAAAGGGAGAUUCUGUCUUGGCUGGUACUCCUGGACUUCGAGGCCUCCCGGGACUGAAGGGAGAGCCUGGUGCUCCAGGACCAUUAGGACCCAAAGGAGAGAGAGGUUUUGUUGGACCUCGUGGUGAUAAAGGAGACAGAGGAGAGCCUGGAGAUAAAGGGCGGGAAGGCUCAAUGGGCAUGCCAGGGGAACCUGGAAAACCUGGACAGGAGGGGAAACCAGGCAUGCCUGGGUUCCCAGGAGUUCUAGGCAGACCGGGAAACCCAGGAGAGCCUGGCAUGAGGGGGCCAACUGGACCCAUGGGUCCUACUGGUCAACCAGGUCCACCAGGUGUAAAGGGUAAUCAAGGAGACGCAGGCAUUGGCAUCCAGGGUCCUCCCGGUGCUCAGGGGAGCACAGGUCUGCCUGGACCACCAGGUCCACCAGGAGCUGUUGGUCCGCAAGGGCCCCCAGGACUGCCAGGGCAGGUGGGUGAGGCAGGGAAGCCUGGCGUUCCUGGAAGAGAUGGGGUUCCCGGUAAGGAUGGACUACCUGGGCUACCUGGAAAGCAGGGUAUUGCAGGACCUCAAGGGCUGGCAGGCUUUAAGGGGGAGCAGGGAGACAGUGGUCCUCCUGGGAAGGCUGUAGCCGGACCUCCUGGUCCUAAAGGAGACAGGGGUCCUCCGGGUGUAACACUACCAGGGACGACUGGGGAGCGAGGCCUGGCUGGAGAGAAGGGUAAUAAGGGAGACAAAGGUCCUGCUGGCAUCAAAGGAGACAGAGGAGUAGCUGGUGAGCCAGGAGAUCAAGGAGAAGAUGGAGCACCAGGAUCACCAGGGCCUAAAGGAGAUAAGGGAGAGAGGGGUGUCGGGCAGCCUGGUCCACUGGGCCGUAUCGGGCCUCCGGGUUUGAAAGGAGAUCCAGGGCUUCCUGGUCCAGCUGGCCCACCGGGCCCGCAGGGAAAGGGUGGAGACCCUGGACUGCCUGGUGUGAGAGGAGAGAAUGGACAACCAGGGUCUCCUGGACGUCCGGGAGAGAGGGGCCUCCAGGGGUUUGCUGGCCGUGUAGGAGACACUGGUGCUCCUGGUCCUGCUGGACCUGCAGGACAGCCCGGUUCUGCUGGUACCAAUGGAGCCAAAGGGGACAAGGGGGAAGUUGGGGUUGGAGUUCCAGGCCUAAGAGGGGAAAGAGGAGCUCCAGGACUCAGAGGGGAGGACGGCCGAGCCGGCUUGGAUGGGGAGAGAGGACCAGCGGGUCCACCAGGCAUUCGAGGUCUUCGAGGAGAAAAGGGAGACAGCGGACUGCCGGGGGGGAAAGGAGAUAAGGGGGACACUGUGCUGGUGGGAGGACCACCUGGAGAAAAGGGCAACAAAGGAGAAACAGGUGACAGAGGACCCAAAGGUACACAAGGAGAGAAAGGGACAAAAGGUCAGGAGGGUCCAACGGGACAGCAGGGUCAAAGGGGAGAACCUGGAGACCGAGGAUCAACUGGUUUCCCCGGGGCCCGGGGACCCGGUGGACAGAAGGGAGAGGCAGGUGAUCCUGGAGUACCUGGGGAAUCGGGUUUACCUGGAAAAGACGGCCUGGCGGGACGUAAAGGGGACAAAGGAGAAGUUGGUGUCAGUGGACUGAGGGGAAUUAAGGGCGACCGCGGACCCAAGGGGGCUUGUGGAGCUGAUGGACCCAAAGGAGAAAAGGGGGAUUCAGGCGUUCAUGGCCGGUCGGGCUUACCAGGGAGAAAAGGUGAACAGGGGGACAUCGGGCCUGCUGGGGCCCCUGGGACUCCUGGAAAAGAGGGACUGAUUGGUCCCAAGGGUGAUAGAGGUUUUGACGGGACUGCUGGACCUAAAGGAACUCAAGGAGAGAAAGGUGAACGGGGACCGCCUGGUGUACCAGGUCCUCCAGGCCCGAGAGGGCUGGACGGGCCCGCCGGCUUGACUGGCCCACAAGGACCAGCUGGUGCUAGGGGCCCUGAGGGACUCCAGGGACAGAAGGGGGAGAGAGGUCCGAUUGGUCCUGCCAUGGUGGGUCCUCGUGGUAUCCCAGGAAUCCCCGGCGAGCGAGGCGAGACGGGAGACAUGGGUCCAGAUGGAGCCAAGGGAGACAGAGGAGAGCCAGGCAUGACGGAGGAUGAGGUCAGAGAGUAUGUUCGCACAGAGAUGAGACAGCACUGUGCGUGUGGAGGUUCAGGCCCAGACACUCGGUCCCAGCCCGCACUCAGGGCUCGGCCUACAACAGAGCAAGAACUGGUACUGAAUGGUGAGAAGGGCCGGGAGCUGCGUGUGGUGGUAAACACCAAAGACCCCGAGUACGAGCACGUCUACUCCAUCGAGGCCCUGGACGACCCCAUGGACGACCUAUUCUACUUCUCCACAGAGUCAGCCAAUCACUCUGAAGGUGAAGAUUUUAAAACCGAUUUAGAAAAAACUGAUCCAAAUAAAUCAAGCGGUGCUGCUGGCUCUCACAAAGCAGCUGACGGUCAGGAAAGAGUAAAAGUUCCUCCUCUGACUGCCGACAAGUCCAGAUCAGUCAGGCCCAAGAGGACUGUACAAGAGGAAGGUGCGACAGACCUUUGUCUGCUGCCCAUGGAAGAGGGCAGCUGUCAGAGGUACACUCUGCGCUGGUACUUUAACAGCCAGGUUCGAGCCUGCAGGCCUUUCAUCUACAGCGGCUGCAAAGGAAACGACAACCGCUUCCUUCACUUGGAGGAGUGUGAGGAGGCCUGCCUCGGGGAGACCAAACAGGUUCAAACCUUACAGACGGCACGGUGAUUGUGGCUACCUUCUCCUCCACCACAAGAAUGUUUUUUAUAGCUCAUUAUGUUUCAAAUGUCAGUAGUUUUUGUUUAUUUAUUGCUUCAUUAAACCCAGUUGGACGGCACACCACUCUCAAAGGGCUGCAUUACUUCCAUGUUGAUGUUUUGCUAAACAAAUCGUGGAUGAUUUAUUUUUUUCAAUUCUUAUCGUUCUUACUCUGAAAAGCUGUCUUUGUCUAUUUUUAAGACUUCAACACUUCAGAAUUAGCUCUCUUAAUUAAACAUUAGUACAGCUUUGAGGUAUUUCAGCUCUCGUGCUUCACCGGCAGUAAGACUAAUAGGUGCAAAUUAACCAAGGACAAGGGCAAACAACUCAGCUGCCCUUACUGUGUAGCAAAGUACAAAAAGUAAGUUAAUUGUGGUUUAUUUCUGGACGUUGUUCAAAGUCUCCUACAAUGGAUUUGUUUACAUUGAAGCUGAAUGAGUGAGAACCUGUGAAUUCUGGCUAAAUUUAUCUUAACACAUUAAUAUACUUAAGUUACUCCCAUGUUAAGUAUAAACCUACAUAGGACAACUUCUUUAAAAUGCAUUUCCAUUUGAAAAAAAAAGCUCAUGAAAAAAGGGUAGAAAGAUUUAUGCUGUAUACUAUUUUUUUUUUUACUUUCUUCUUCAAUGUUGCACCUGGCUAUUAUCAUCUCAUAAUGUCCCGUUGCCAUUUUGUACCCAACAUUGUUUCAUCAGUUCAUUUCAUUUGAUAGUUCAGUAUUCUGUUGUUUUGUAGAGUAAGUAAGUUCAGAUUGGUAUUUUGUUUUUAUUUUUUUGUAAAGAUUAGAUUUUAAAGUUCUACUAUUAUCUAAUUUCCCAUGCGGACCAGUGGAUUCUGGUCUUUAUUGGCACCGUCAUUGUUUAGCUUGCAACCUCUCGAAGUGAAAAAAAAAUUAAGCAUGGUUUUCUUUUUUUCUAUAGCAUUAAAAACUAAAACGUGUUGCAUGCACACUUUGUAUAACAUCCCUGUAGAAACAAAUACAGUUGUAAGUCUUUUGGUGUACGUCUGUCAGCUUUGCCAAUCUAGAGAUGGAUGUUUCUGCUUAUUCCUCUUUCCAAAUUAGCUCAACCUCAGCCAGAUUGGACACAGAAGCCCCAUUUUCAAAAAUCUAGCCAUAAAUACUCAACUGGAUUUGAGUCUGGAAAAUUUGGGCCAUCCUGACAUUUAAAAGGUGGCUGUAUGCAUAGGGUUGUAUGUUGCAGAAACCACCGUCCCAGUCUAUUGUCAUUUUCACCCUGUAAAAGGUGUUCUUACCCUGCGAUGGACUGGCAGUAGGUUUUCUUCCUACUUCAAGUCUGACAAAUAGCUAAAAGUACUGUGGUGCUUAACUGCUCCCAGACAACACAAAGGAUAUAUAUAUAUAUAUAUAUAUAUAUAUAUAUAUAUAUAUAUAUAUAUAUAUAUAUAUAUAUAUAUAUUGUUGUCAUUGUACGUAUUCUUUUCAUCUAAAAAUUGGUCUAACUAAAAGUAAAGCUAUUUUGUUGAUUUUCCUAAGGGAAACUAUUUUUAUGUAACAUCCCAGCAUUAUUCGGAAACAAAAAGCUUGCCACCAGCCCAUUUAACGUUUAAAGCUUCAGGCUGCAGGGAUUGCUACAUGUAUGCACCACCCAAGUGCUCUUACUGUAAAAUCUCUAAUUGUGAUUUGUUUAUUAUUACAAUAGUGCUUGGCUUUAAAUUUUAUGCAUUUUUUCCCCAUUAUAUCCAGAUAUGAUAUAGGAUUUACAUCCCUUUAAGCAUAACCAUCCAGGACCAAGUUUGGAGAUCGUUUGUGUGCAGUUUCGUUCGUUUUUUUUUCACAUUUUAAAGAUAAAUUAUUGUCCAGGGACUUUUUUUAUGAGUGGUGAACUGAUUAUGGAUUUUCCAUUAAUCUAUAUUAAACCAGGCUUAUGCACAGGCACAUAUUCUCUAAGCUAAAAAAAACAAAAACAAAUAAAUGAAUAGGACCAAAAUACCUUCCAACAUUUCUUCACACCAAAAUAACUCUACAAGCAUCAAGACGAUAUUCUGGGUAUAGUUUUAGGAUCUGUUCUAAAAAUGAAGAAUCAAGCACAAUAAGUUGAUGUAUAUAAUGUUGUGUCUGUUAUUUUAGGGGAAAGUUGUGUCUAUUUUCAUAACUGCAUGUUUACCUGCCAGAUAAAAAGGUGCUAUAUUUAAAGGUAUUUUUAUACUGUGUGGUGAAUGUGUGAGCUUUUGUUUUUGUGGUAAAGAUCUGUCGGUGUUUACUAUGUAUUUCUAAUAAAGCUAAUAUUUCAGUGAUA